UGACGCUAGGAAAAGGAAUGCCAACAUGGACCCGUGGCAAGGACGGGAUGUGAGUGUGCUACGACAAUAACACGACGGAGGAAAAAGGAAACACGAAAAUAUACAAACCCAUCGACGGCGCAGCUUUCCCCCACCGAGCUUCCUCCGAACUACUCACGGUUCUUGUGGUUCCUCUCGGUAGAAUUUCCUCAACAUCCUCUCUCCUGCGUUCAGCCUGGAUCAAUGGUGUCUCUCAGCAGCAGAACACUGAGUCUGGAGAAUGACCUGUUCAGGGACAGCAGCAGCAGCAGCCUCUUCUCCCUCAGCUUGGGAGACGGAGCCUGCAGCGAACGGGGCAGUUUAGCCUCCUGCGACAGCCCCGAGGCAGGGGACUUGGGGGCUAUGCACAGCUCCAGCCCUGGAGAGGAGGAGGAGGAGGAGGAGGAGGAGGAUGAGGAGGAGGAAGAAGAAGACGAGGACGAUGGGGCGCGUCUGCAUAUUUUUCUAGGAGCAGCAGGAGAAGAGGAGCCUGCGAGUCAGGAGCCAAAGCUGCCAGAUUUCCCUUUCCAUCCCUCCUCCCCGUUCUCCCCAACCUUGGAGGACAUAGAGGAGUUCUUGAGGGAAAAAAUGGAACUAGUCAAAGAGGGGCUAGUGGCCCCAAAAGAGGAGGCCUCCCCUCUCCCAUGCAGCACCAGUGACUCUCCAUCCUCCAAUGCGCCCCCGGCCUCUUCCUCAGACACUUGCAGCGACCCAGGGACUAGUGCUUCCCAUUGCUCUUCCAGCCCAAACACCCCUCAUGAUGAGCAGAACAGUCCCAGCCCAGCUGACCCUUCCCCUUCUGCCCAAGCAACCCCCUCACCAUCCACUGUAACCCCCCCAGUGCUCCUGGGCGCUCCGCUGGUUCUCCAGCUCCAGCCGCUCCCUCUGGCCCAGCCUCAGCCCCCGGCAGGCUCUCCUCCUGGGUCACAAAACGGCAUUUGGCUCACUCAUCUCGUCAUGGGGCUCCAGGGUGCUACAGGACAAAAUCUCACCCUACUGACCCCCCAGGUGCCCUCCACCUCCACCACAUUUUUAUCACUAAACAGUGGAGAUGCCAAGUCAGCUGACCAGAAGUACGUGAAGAUUGCGCCUCUGCCCAUCACAAUGAGGACUGUAGAGAUAACAGGUGUGACUGGGGUCGGGGUCCAGGGCAGCGGUCUGUUGAAGGCCAUCGCCCCCCGUGUGACCAGAGUUCCACCUACAGAGAGGGUCCAUAAGUGCUCCCACCCAGGCUGUGGGAAGAUGUACACCAAAAGCAGCCAUCUGAAAGCUCACUUCCGCCGGCACACAGGAGAGAAGCCCUACACGUGCAGCUGGCCUGAGUGUGGCUGGAGGUUCUCCCGAUCUGACGAACUGUCCCGCCACCGCCGCUCUCACUCCGGCAUCAAGCCCUACGAGUGCUCGCUGUGUGAAAAGAAGUUUGCCCGCAGUGACCACUUAUCCAAACACACGAAAGUCCACCGCAGCUCCAGGCCCAGCAGGAUUAUCAGGGCUACCGUGUGACACCUUCAGCUGGCAUAAACCCUGCCCUGCACCCUCCCACCCACCCACCCACCCUCCCUGCCUGCCUGCCUGGCUGGCUGGCUGGGCUGGCUUUGUCCAGGGUGGGGUCCGGGUCUCCCUCAGGACUUUUGGUGCUUCACGAUCAGAACUUUCAGAAAAAAAAAUCUUGAGAGCUGACUGCUGUUUCACCCUCAUGGUUUCCUUAUUUUCUCUCCUCCCUGCUGUUUACUUUUCACUGUUCCAUCUGAGCAGCUUGUCUUAUACUGAGCUAACAGCCACCUCAGGAAAAACUCAGCUGAAAGUGGAUUUCCUGGCUCACACACACACACACACACACACACACACACACACACACACACACACACACACAUAAAACAAAACGCAUAACAGGAGACAGUCUUACAGAGAUGCAACCACUGCUUGCGCUACUGCUCCUGUUACCAAGCUACCAGGUGCUGUUGAAAAGUAGGUGGUGUUGGGCAGGUUACAGUAAUGGGAGUGGGAGCAUUUGUAAUUAUAUUAUUAUUUCCUUUCUACUUUUGCAUUCGCCCGUCUUUCUCAAAGCCAAAACUUCAGGGUCCACACGGAUAAAGCUUCCCAAGUUUUUUUGUACAUUGUUAAAGUGUUAAAUUUUUACCCCUUCGGCGUCUCAUACAUGCCAUGCGAUCUAAUCAUAAGGCUUGCGAUGGACACGAUUCACAUGGAGGAGCGUGACAGCCGUCUCCGUGGGGUGACAUUCUGGUGAAGGUAGCAGAAGUCGCCUCCAAGCACUUGGAUUUUCAGAGUUGUGCUUCACUCUGAAUGAACGGUAUGACUCUGCUGGGACAUUGAUUCAGUCAUACUAAACUUGUGGCUUUGUUUCACAAUUCAGCCGAGCUGAGAAAUUCUCCCUAAGCCUCUGUUAUAUUAUGAUCCAAACCUGGCCUUUAUCACAUUCGUCCAGCCGUAAUCCUCCCUGUUUUGACUCGUAUGCCUUUUUGUCAGCCCCAGUAUGCCCUAAUCUCUAUCGAUGCCUUUUGUCCAUAUCACGAAACCUCACUUGAUCCUGCUGUUGUACUGUUAUCAUAUGACUGCUCUUAUUUAACUGUGAUUCUGAGCGGGGGGUUGCCAAACCAGAAAUCCCCGUUCUGUCUCUGUGAGAGCAUGAAAACGACACCCUCGGUGCAUGACAGUUUAUAAGCUGUUUGUUCUCUGAAAUUCUCUUGAAAAUCAUUUGCAGCCGACUUCAGUGGCCUAGAAAAUGACUCAUACUUAGGCUCAAUGGUUCAAAAGUGCUCAGUGGUUCAAAAGUGCUGCUCUUUCUUAUUUACAGUAGCAGUUACUGUAAAAAAAAAAAUUUUUUUCUGUUGGUUAUAGCAACAGGAAAAGCUAAUACUUUAAACAGCUGGAAAGGCAGCUAACAUCUAUUCAAUCUUCUGUAUUAGCAUACUCAAUAUAAUGUGUACUGAACAUAAAGGACAAAGAUAACACAUGUACAGCUUGUAGCCUUUAUAUAUAGAUGGGUUUUUUUUUUUUUUAUCAAAGAGGAUUUUCAAUCAGUGCAUUAAGCUAUUCAGUCGUGUUUCUGGAGAGAUUUUUUUUGGUCUGUUAUGUGAGUUUGAUUGUAGCGUGAUCAAUCUGUGGAAUGUCAGACUGAUUAUGGUCUGGGAUUUGGAGUCCCACUCUACCCGUUCACAAACCAUUAAGCUGAAUCUGCUGGUCUCAAGUGCACUUGUGUUCGUGGAAAGUGAGAAACAGUUAUUGUGCUCUUAUGGCAGUUCCAUAAAAAUGUAUCAGAACUGUAAAAUGACACCCCCCCCCACCCCCACCCCCCCCACACACA